AUGGAAAUCUACGGUGACCUCGAGGCCGGCUGCCUCAGCCAUUCCGUCUCUCCCAUCAAGCCGGCGUCCCCGCCGAGGAAGGCCGGGCCCGGCCGCCUCUUCUGCGACCCCUGCGACGACGCCGACCAGCUCCUCGGCCACCACCACUACCUGGACAUCUGCUUCAGCUGCCGGAAGCUCCUCGCCGGGAACAAAGACAUCUUCAUGUACAGAGGUGACACGCCCUUCUGUAGCGAGGAGUGCAGGCAGGAGCAGAUCGAGAUCGACGAGGCGAGGGAGAAGCGGUCGAGUCAGACGGGGAGGGCGGAGGAGCAGCGGCAGAGACAGCAGCAGAAGCAGAGCACCCCGAGGAUCCCGGUCUGGGCGUGGUAG